CGCCACAUCCCUAUUCCGAGUAUUCCUAACAUACCUUGAACUUGGAUAUAUCCCAUCUAUAUACUUACGCACAUACAUCAUACACACAACCACACAAACACACAGUUGCAACAAUGUCUGGUCGCUCAGCAUUCCGUCUCACCAGGGCUGCAGCCCCCCUCUUUAGCACCGCCCGUGCAUCUGCCCACAUCUCUAGAUCUCUCCCCGCAGCUCACCGAGCUUUCAGCCAGUCAACCGUUCGAUCGCGGAGUGAUGUAGUACGCGAGACCGAAGUUCCUGUUUCCGUCUACUCCCCAGACUCGACGGGCGCUGCCGGUUCGACCAGCGACCACUUCAGUAUCCCCGUGAACCGCGACGAUGCCACACCGAAGCCAUUCCCUCCCCCGGAGGACACCGAGGUCAUCCCAUUGUCCAAGACUGUCUACCGCCAAAUGCCCCCCACCCUGCAGAAGAUGAGUAUAAUGGACAAGGUUGUUAUUAUCACUGGAGGUGCUCGGGGUCUCGGAAACCACAUGGCCCGCGCUUGUGCUGAGGCUGGUGCUAAGGCUCUUGUCAUCUUCGAUGCGAACCAAGAGCUGGGUGACGAAGCUGCCGCCGAGCUACACCAGAAGACCCAGCUCCCCGUUUCCUUCUUCAAGGUCGACGUUCGUGACGGUGCCGCCAUCAAUGCUGCUGUCGAUUCUGUUGUCGAGACCUACGGCGCCCCUGACGUCCUGAUCAACAGUGCCGGUAUCGCUGAUUCCAACAUCAAGGCCGAGACCUACGACCCGGCCAUGUUCCGACGCCUGAUCGACAUCAACCUAACUGGUUCGUUCUUGAUGAGCCAGUCGGUCGGACGCGCGAUGAUGGCUGCUGGCAAGCCUGGAUCUAUUGUUCUUGUUGCUAGUAUGAGCGGUAGCAUCGUCAACUACCCGCAGGAGCAGUCUUGUUACAACGCAUCCAAGGCCGGUGUUAUCCAAUUCGGCAAGUCUCUGGCUGCCGAAUGGGCCAAGUACAACAUCCGUGUUAACUGCAUCUCUCCCGGUUACAUGGACACUGCGCUGAACCGCGUACCCGCCCUUGAGGCCCAGAAGAAGAUCUGGCGCUCUCUGACACCCCAGGCCCGCCUCGGUAAUGUUGACGAGCUUAACGGCCUUUGCGUCUUCCUUGCCAGCGAUGCCAGCAGCUUCAUGACGGGCGCCAACGUCGCUAUCGACGGUGGUUACACUGUCCUAUAAGCCAGCAUUAACUAAAUAGUCUCGACCUGGUAUGUUGGGACAAGUUAUACGGCGUGGCGUAUACGCGGACAUUGCGGCUCUGGUCCUGUUUGGCCGGAGCCCGCUUGUUAUGCCCUAAUGGGUCAGAAGCUUGGAGUUGGCUAGACGAAUUCUGUCUCGUUUGGUGCGGGGGUUACGUUGCGUCGCGGCGUUAUGAGUCCCUCCUAUGCAUCUUGAACAACCG